UGCGUUUUAUUUCAGGAUGUGUCCCUUUACACCUGCCUUCCUCAGUUCAUGCCAUGAUCGACUCUCGUGAAAUGUAGUCACGGUCAGGGCGUGUCAUCUACUCGCGGUCAACAGGAAGGACGCUACUCUCUCCUUCCGUCCCCGUCAUGGGUUGCUAUACGCUUACUUUGUUGAUUAUCAUGGCUUCGCUGAUAAUUACAUGAUGUGACAUGUUUGGCUUAGCCUUUCAAUAAAUAGUCUUAGCAAUAACUAUGAUAACAAAUGUCGCCGAGGCAACAACAAGGGAAACUUCUCCGCAAAUGUCAUCAUGAACCUACAAAAAAAAAAAAAAAAAAAAAAAGCUAUACUAUUAAACACCAUUUAUGCUAACAGGUCCUAGGGAGCAACUAAAUUUUAAGUCUGAAUUACAAUAAAGUUUGUGAACGUUUAUUAUUAGUAUGUACUACGCACCAGCAGACAAAAUAAGAACGGGAAAAUUUUAAAUCCUGUCUUCUUUGUUUGGUUGUCUAAGUGUUGCCACCAAAGAGCUUUACAUAUAUUUUCUCUCGCUAUUCACGGAGACAUAUCUUUAUCGUAUCUACUUGUGUGGGGGUACUUUUCAGGCAGAACUUUAAGGCUUGAGGCAUCUAUAUACAUUAUAACAACAGGAAAGGGCAACAAUCACGUAUACAUAAUGACAUCAUCUCUCAACGACUCAAACUCACACAAGUAUAUACAAGUACACGCAGGUGCCACAUACUCGGAUGUUGGAACAGAGUCCUUGGAGAAAACAAAAGACCAUAACUUCCAGUCACCUUUACUGUGCGUCUAAGUUUAUACAACAUACUUGUCUUAUCUCAGUUUUGCUUUAAGUCUGGAAAUCUUAAAUAUUCCAUAAAGUAAACAAGGCUAUACGUGGCAUACUGAUAUUUGGUCACGUGACAAGGAUCAGCUGAGAAGUGUCAACAAAGGAUGGGUGUCCUUCUUCUCUCUUUUUUUAGUGUAUUUGUCAGAUCAUGUAAUUUGACGAAUAAAGCAUCCCGUCACCCGAUUUAAACUAAAAAAUCAUUCUCAUCUUUUUUAAUAUGAGUGUGCAUGUGACAUCAUUUGCUAUCAUAAAGCUUUACUGACGAAGCUUACCAUUUUGUGAAAUGGAAUAUAUUAGCUGAACGAAAGCAAGUGGUACGAGAUCUUAUAAGAAUAGCGACAUAUGGCAAUUCAAACAGCUGAGCGAGCGUUUGCCUGGGUGAGAAGGAAGAGGAGUGGUGGAGCUACGGCCAUCCAGUAUUGAUCUGUUGCCUGUGUGGAUUCAUUUCUGUGGGGAAAUUACUUUGCAUCACCUGCCGAGAACAAUGCUUGCCAACUUGACAUCACUGAUCUGGGGCAGUGGAAAUACUGCAGUCACUGCUACAACCACCACUACCACUGUUACACCGUCUCCAGAUCCCAGCAGCACCACCACCAGCACCACAACCACCACUACCAAGGAUGCCUAUGAAGAUGCACCAGAAGAGUUCACAAGCUUUAACAUUCGAGCCACAACACCCACAGAUGAGGAAGAAGCUGACUGGGUCUUAGUUGACAGAGCAGAGGUUGGCGAGGCAAGUUGUGGUGGUGUGGAUACGAUAGGGAGCGCCACAGCCACCUCUUCAUCAGCAUUGACUACCACCGUCACUUCAAGAGCAGCAAUCUCCGCUCCAGUACCACCAGUUUCUCUGGGAGGAGAAUGGAGUGAAGGGGGAACGCAAGAUUGUUGGCUCAUGACCCCACCACCGUGCUUCACACGUUCACAGCCGGCUCCUCUUGCCUCUUCAUCUUUAGAAAAUUUAUUAAUAGAGCAUCCCAGCAUGUCAGUCUACUUGCCACGCCCCACCUACACCAGUGCUGCCACCACAAGAGUAUUUCCACAGCAUGUUGUAGCUCACUCCACACCAUCUUCCUGUUCUCCUCCCUCAGCUUCCCCAUCCUCCCAGCCAGCUGUGAUGGAGAGAGAUGAAUCUCCCAUGAAAGAGAAUACAGAGAAUACUGUUGAGGAAGUUGAAAACCAAGUGGCAGAGGCUCCACCAGCAAGAGGAGGGGUAGCUCAGAGGGCAUCUAGUCUUCUACGAGCUAUUGAUGUACUCAGACCAGCACAAAAGGCUCAGCGAAGACGUGAGGAGCGGCGCCUAAAACGCACGGCCCUUGAACGCAGCAACAAGGUGAGAGAGGUUGCUGCUGCCAGCAACAAGCGCUCUAAGAGGUGUGAUAUGAUGGCUCCAGGAAAGUUCUCUCGUGCUGUCAACAACCGCAAGUGUUAAUUGUAGGAAGACGUGCAAUAGAUGUGGAAGCUUUUCAUAAAACUGAAUCUCACUACCAAGAUUUUAUGAAAACACUUUCAUGCAAUAGUUUGACCAACAUUGGGAACUACUUGAUUGGGAAAUUUAUUCAGUGAUAAAUAAUAAGUGUUAAAAGUUACCUAUAAUGAUUGCAGCUUUCACAUGGUCACAAUGUUAAGUUCAUCUCAUUUUAUAUUGAUGUGUCAUUUUAUUUGUUAACAAUCAGAGCUGGAUUCCAACAGCAGACUUGGUGUUGAAUCUGGCAAGAUGUGUUUGAUUUGCAUGUCUGGAUUUUGGAUUCCAUACUUUGCUCAGAUCACGUCAUUGUUUUAAUAUAUGAUUCUGUAAGGAAUAAGAAAGUUUGAUGUGUGUCAUCUUAACAUUCUUUGAAUGUAUGAUCUAUAUAUGAAUGACAAGAAUCACAUUUUUAAGAUGCUACCCAUUAGUUGCUGUUAUAAAGUAUAUUUUUAUUUUAGACAUCCAAGUUCCAGUAAUCAUUUAUCAUUGUGAGAUGGAUUUGCUUUAAAAAUCGUGUUUUUUGCUUAAGCUAAGAGGAAUGUAUGUCUACAAGUGUGGAUGACUUCUGUUUUAAGUAAGCAUAGCUUGAGUUGAAGUAGUCAGUGAAGGAAGCAUGUAUCAGCCAGUAAUCUUUUUUUUACAAAAAGAUAUCAAUAUAUACUAACAUCCUGUGUGGUUCAUAUUGUCAGGAUGUUGCCCAAUUCACUAUGAUCGUUGUUUCAUCUUUAUUCUCCUUCUAGACAAGUUGCCUUAUUUUCUAUCUGUUUAUUGGGAUAAAUGAUUCACAUGGCAAGACUAAUGCAAUCUACCUAUCUUGAUUAUAUCAUUGAUACACUCUAUAUAAUAGUCUACUUUUUCUAAUCACAUACAGUACUUAUUUGGCUAUCUUAUCUACCUAGUAACCUUGUUUACCCAUCUCAUCUUGAUUUUUAAGUAUGCCAUCUUCAUAUUGCUUAGAGAUUGCUUUUUUUUCCUUUGGCAGUAAAGAGUAAAAAAAAAAAAUAAAUAAAAACAAAUACAUAAAUGAACACAAAAAAAUAUAUAAAUGAAAUAAGAUAGAAUUAAAUAAUAGCACAAACAGUCCAUUAAAUUGUAUUGCUUCAUAAUCCCUGUGUCAUGGAUUUCAUGGGUUAGAAUUCCAAUCACAUUACUAACUGGUGCUGAAUGACAAACAUCCAAUGCUUUCAGUGUACUUAAUAAAAUUUGGCUCGUGGUGUGCAUGUCUUCCUCCACUGGCUUAGUCAGUUUAAUUAAUCUCCAUCUGCAAUUAAUGUUAUGAAGAGAAAGUAGCAUAUGAAUUAAUGUUUUUGUUUAAGAUUAACUUUUUUGGCCAGAAAUUUUUCUCAAUCAUUGUUCUGGCCAUUCCAUUUUUGUUGUUGUUCCAUUACAACAAAUAGGUCAGUGUUAUAAAAGAUGUGUCAUCCUACCAGAAAUCACAUAAAAAUACAGUAGUAGCAGACUUAGUAGAAUUACUGACUCUGAGGAAGUUACUGAAUGUUGGAAUAUAUGGCUUUCUGAAAAAUAUAUAAAACUCAAUACUUAUUGCUGUCUAUGGUGAUAAAAUCAAUAUUUACUUAGUUUUUUUUUUUGCUAUUAUUAUUAUUAUUAUUAUUAUUAUUAUUAUUAUUAUUAUUGUUAUUAUUAUUAUUAUUAUUUUUUUUUAUACUGAUAUCAAAUUUUGACUAUUUCUUGACCCAGAGUUUUUAAAAGGAAGCCAAUCAAGUCUAAUGUAAGUUUGUAUACCUAAUUACUUUAAAUCUACCUUAGGAAUAUAACAGCUAUUCUGUGUAUCAAACUGUAAAUGCAAUGUAAAGUUACGCUCAUGGUUUAUAGGUGGAAACAGUCCAAUCACAGUUAUACAAUUUUUUUUAAUCAUGUACACAUGAAAAUAGAAAAUAUGGAGACUGCAAAGAUUCAGUUGACCUUCAUUAGGCAGCCCCUGACAACUUAAAACUUUCUAUCAGUUAUCAUUAUCUGUGAAAGAAACAAAGAAAUAUGGCUAAAUAAGUAGGUGCUUUAAUCUUUGUAUGCAAAAUACUGAUAUUAUUUGUAAAGCACAGCAAGAGUUUUAGACUAUUUAUGGAAUCCUUGCAUUAUGAUAUCUCUUAUGAUAUUGAUAUUUUAUCUUCCAGAUAUUUUAUGUUUUUAUCUAUUCAUAUAAGUUAUUUCAAAAGCAUCUUUCCUGUGUAUGUAAUAUGUGGAAAAGGUAUCUAAGGUAGAUGUACAGAAAUACAUCCAUAUAUGAUUUAGCUCAGAAAAAUAUGCUGCCUAUGUAGUCAUAGUAGUACUUGUAAAGAAUCUGAAAAAAAGUUUUUAAAGUUUACUCAUAGAUGAAUUAUGAUGUAAUAUGUAUAGAAAUUUUAUAAAGAGAGGAAUGUAGAAAAAAAAUGUGCUCAUAGAUCAAUCAUAUAUACAGUGAUGUUAUGAAGAGAGGAAUGAAGAAGACAAACAUGCUCAGAUUAAUCACAAAAGGAAAGACAGUGAUGUUAUGAAGAGAGGAAUUAAGAAGACGAACAUGCUCAGAUUAUCACAAAAGGAACAUGCAUAAUAAUUUUAUGAUGCUAGGAAUAAAAUCCAUUAAAAACCUAACAUGAGAUCAGUGGAACUGUAGCACCACAAGUUCAGGAAAUUUAAUGUACAAAAAAAAAAAAAAACUUAAAUGAGAUUGCAUAGGUAUUAGUGAAUACAUUUAUACAUAUGAGCUUUUCCUCCAAGCUCCUUUCUAAUGAUUAACUAAGAUUUGAACGAAAACCUGUAAGGAAAGUGUAUUGUAUAUGGAAGGUACACAGUUGAUGAGACACUCAAAGCUAAUACAUUUUUUUUGUUGCCAUACUAUAGAAUUUACUCAAAUAGAAUCCAGUUUACAAGUCAUUGGAUUAGUAAGAGUUUGAUCUGCAGGUGAUUCAUAGAAGCCUUGAGAAGAUAAAGUGUGUGCAUAAAAUUUAUUGACAGAAGUUUGUGAUCAAGAAUAGUCAUGGUUGUUUGAUAAAUAUUUUCAGUCUGUGAAGUCCAAGUAAUACAGAUAGUACAAACCAAUAUUAUUUAUACUUUUUCAAAAUGAACACAUAUUUCGCUCACCUAAGUACUGUUCUGGCACUCUUAUUUGAUCUAGUUGCUCUAACUAUCAAUUAUCUAUGUAUGUAGUUAUAAGGAAAGCAAGAAAACUAUUUUUUGUGUAUAUCUCCUUGAGGCAACUAUCAAAGGAACAUAAGAUAUACAUAAAAUCAGUACUUAAGAGUAUACCCACUGGAUCAGAUCUUUACCUGAAAUUUGUAUCAUGUAAACAAGACAAAUGUGAGCAUUUUUAGAGUUAAGAUGAAACAAGUAUACUUUGCAUAUGAACUAAUUAGAUAGAUUAUGUCUUGGUGGGAAUGUAGAGCGAGACCUAAUCUGGUAUAUUUUUUCUUUUCACUUUUUCAGUUCUCUUUGGUGAACAAGAGGUGAAUAAUUUAAUAAUGCAAAUAUGGAGGAUACAGUGUGUUGCUAUAGUGAUAUUCAAAGUUAGUAAUGAACAUCUACGCACAGUUAUCAUCUUAUUUGUAUAAAUCAGACCUCUAAAUUUAUAACAUCAAAGUUCUUUACUAGGAGACCAGAGUAGUGUUGUCUGAAAAGUUAGAAAUCUCGACUUGGAACUCAUCAGGUUUUGCAGAAGGGUUAUGUCAAAGAAACACAUUGAUUGUAAAGAGUAUUUGUGAUUUAAACUGUCUGAUAAAGAUUUUUAUAGCAGAGUUGAUGCUUUUGGCCUGGGUGAACUCCUCUCAAGAGAUUAAUUGGUGUGGUGAUUCAUGUAAAAAGUUAAAUAUAUCCCAAACUCAUUCUCUAUGGCUAGUGCACAGUGAAGAAGAAUAAAAAAAAAAUAGUAAACAGGAGAUGCAUUAGAAUUAGCUGAUUCGCAUGAAUUUUAGUAUGUAUUAGAAUAGGUUUUCAGUGAGGUAGUUUUCAACAGGGUAAGAGUGUCAGUCUACAAUCUUCCACUUAUAUUUUGAUAAGAAUUGGGUACAGUAAUGGACUGUUUCAUUAAAAAGUUGACCUAUUAUUUUCAUAAUUUUUCGACUGCAUCACCUAUUUAUCAUAUGUUUGUCAGUUCUUGAGUUCAAUGUGAAUACAAAUAAUUAUCAUAGAUGUGUAUGACUAUAUUUAUUGGCAUAGAUUUUGAAGCUAUAUGAUUAUUUGAAUUAUAUUUUGUAUAAGUUCAUUACAUAAUUUUGGCCUACAUGCAAUGUUAAGUAUGGCUGGUGUGGAGUUAUUUCCAAGGGCAAAAGAAACAAGACAUUUUUCCAACAAGUUCUUUUAUUCUUUGAUUUAUAGAGGUAAAGGAACUGGCUGAGGCUAAGGACUACGUAUACCCAAAAGUAUUCCUCUGUGACCUGAGUAUAGUAUGGUACAGAGCUACUGUGGUUGUGGAGCCACAUUUCUGGUGUUCUUCCUGGGCCCAGAAUAAGGAAUUUUCCUUGAGCUUGGGGUUCUGUGAUCCUUCCCUUGGAUCCAUAGGGGAAGAAUUUGGGGUCUGGCUUCAGGUCUUGGUCAGUCCCAGUGAGCAACGUAAAUCUAGUAGUAAAAGGGACCAGUCAGAUAAUGUUCUUUUUUCUAGUCAUUGAAGAGUACUCUACACUAGCCAUACUUGACACCUUAUUAACUGCUGCCUACUGAAUCUGUUGUUAGUCUUCACACUGUAAUUUGAAUCAAUGUGUUGACACAUUUGCAGCUGUAUAACUUCCAUGAGCAUAUUGACACAUGAAGAUCUGCUCUUAGUUUCUUAAUGAACAUUGAACAGUAGACCUUUAAAGUCGUCACUUAUAUAGAUCAUCAAUAUAUAUGCAAGUACUAAGACCUAAUACAUAUAUAACCAUCACUCAGUGACAGUUGUUGAAAUAUAACAUUUUCAUUAUCUUCACCGCAGCUCAGCCACAAUAAAUGUUCCGGAGUAGUAUCUUCCAGAGUUACAUCAUAUACACACACAAACACACACACUCAUGUCAGUCAUAAUGCCUGAUGUCACAGCAAGCAAGAUGGCGUCCAUUAUCUCUGGUGCAUCUCUCAUUAUACAUUCAUCCUUAGUUGUGAUAUAGAUGUUUUAGAGUAUCUCCUAGCAAAUGCAACACAUCAUAUGCAUGUGCUGACUUCAUAUGAGCAAAGACAUUGUGAGUGUGCUAGAAAGGAACAUAAAUUAGGUAGUACUAUUUCUGAAUGGGAAUUUACAUGAACAAGUGCUGUGUGCAAGUAAAUGUGGUUUGCAGUAGGUAUAAAAUACUUUGUGGACAUAAUUGUGCAUUUAUUUAUGAAAAGUGUUUUGUUGAAGAGUUACUUACAUUGCAUAAAAUUUUACAGAGUCAUUUUUCCACUGAUGGUGAUGUAGGGGCUAUGUGGUAUAAUAAUUUAAACACUUGCAGUACUAGACAGGGAUUUUUGCUUGCUCUGGUCAUGUUUAGAUUUAAUAAUCCAUUAAUAUAUGAGCAUUUCAUGCCACUCACCCGUGGGCCAGUUUUUAUUAGCCAGCUAAUGACCUGCUCAUAGCUCACAGGCUUGUGCUGGAGUAGUGAGCCAUUGGAUAUCUGUAGCCAUACCACAUAGGAAGAACCUGUGCUGUCUAAUGGCAUAUUAGAAAUGGCAUGAAUGUGUGUGUCUGUAUAAAACUGCAGCUGCUUUUGAAAGGUGUUAAUAGUUCACUGCUAUAUUUUUUUCACUUGUCAGAAAACUCAGUGAGAACCUUAGGAUUAAGGAAAAACUAUAAAAAUGAUAAAAUGAAAAAUGUGUAUAUAUAAAAAAAUGUCUUUCAAUAUUGUGUGGAUGUAGUGCACAUGCUUGUUGUAUGAAAUAGUAUGUUGUGUAUGUGAUCUUGGAUGAUUAAUGUAAUGGUUUGUUGUCAUUCUACCAUGACAAAAUAAUACUUACACUGCCACUUCUUAAAGUGAAAAUAACAGAACAUAUUGCAAAGUCAUCAGAAAUGGCAUUUUCAAUAGUGACAUAGAGUAGUAUUUAAUGUGUAUAUGCAUAUGUAUAUAUGAAAGGAGCCUGAAGGUUUGGGUUAAAUAGAUCUCACAGGUUAUAUAUGUAUACCUAUUUACACUUACACAUGUAAGUGGAGUACCUAAAUGAUUGCUGAUUUGAGUGCAUAAUUUUGUGAAUGUUUAUUAUAAAAGUGUUGCUAGUAGUGCCUCUGUACACUACAUUUUGUGAAUGAUUGAAAUAUAUAAUAUAUUAAAUUUUGUAUCACCUUAGUGAAAAUGAGAAUAUAUAAUGCCAGCAUUUUGAAAGAAACUGUAAAAUACAAUCUCAGUCUUGUACAGGUAAUUUUAGACUUGUUGGCUGUACUUGUAUAAAUAUACAUAAACAGCUCAGGGACUCUGAAGAGUUUUAUCUUCAUCACAAUGAAACUUUCUUUGUUUUAAAAUUCAUUGCUGCUACUUGCCUUUAUCAUCCAUAUACCAUAAAAGAAAUCUAGGAAUAUAGCAACAACCAUCUGUAAAUGAUAUACUUGAGAGUUACUCUUGUGAAAUAACCACAUGGCUCACAAAAAUAAUGAAGAUGCAUAUUUAGAAACUAUAGUGUUUCUUUUAAGGCACAAAUUAUAUGAUUUGUUAAAUAGGAAAUGUGCUGUGUAAUGUUUGACAGUGUGACUAAAAUUUGUGUAAAAACAUUUUUGUGUAAAUAAUGUAUAAUAUUUUUGAAGCAACUGUGAAUUAUUUUAUUUAUUAGUGUUUGAAAUUAAAGCACUGUCUCAUAUUCAUUAUAACCAAAGUUUUUGAUUCAGUCACUACCUUUCAGAAUAAAUUUCAAUUUUUA